AUUGUUAUUAUUUACCUAUAUCACGCUUAGUCAUAAUUACUCGAUACAAAAUAUUUCUUUUUUAUAUUAUAUCAAAAAAAUUUUUGCCAUUUAAAUUUUUAUUCUCUAUUCCUGCUCUAACAAACUCAACAAACAAUGCAAUCUCAUCAAGGCGAUAAAGGUGCCGGUCAAACCUGUCAUGGAGGAAAAUGUCCCCACAGUGAAAAGGGUGCGAAUUGCCCAUGCCCAAAAUGCGAGUGCCCUAAGAAUUGUUGCAAGUGCUGCAAAAGUGACGCAAAAGGAGAAAAGUGCCAAAAAUGUUGCCAUGAUAAAGGAUGCCACGGCUGCGACAAUGGAUGUUGCCAUUGUUGCAAGAAAUGCUGCGACGAAAAAGCAUGUCCACCUGGUCAAGGGAAAGAAUGUUCGAAAUGUGUAGGAUGUGGAGUUUGUUCUAACAAAGAAAAAUGUAAAGGAAUUGAUUGCCAGAAAGCCGGAUGCAAGGCUUAAAUUAUAUUAAAUUAGAAAGCUAAUUUAUUGCAAUUUUAUUAUUAUAUAAGCUUAUUUUUAGUGUAGUGUUAGUUCAAUAUUUUCUCAUUACAUUAUUCCAAAUUAUUUAUAUGUUUAUAGAUAAAUUAUAUGCUAUAUUUAUAUAAUUUAUAUGUAUAAUAGAUAAAUUAUAUAGUAUAUUUUUAUUAAAAUAAAAUUAUUUCAAAUUUUUA